AUGUUUAUAUCAAUUCAAACAAUUUGUACUUGUCAUGGAUAUCUUCUAUUUGAAUCACUUCAUUGUGAACGAUGUCGAUCAUUAAUUCCAUUUCAAGUUACAGAUGAAUCUUUACUUGAUCCAAUAUCAACAAACAAUAUAAAUAACGGAAUUAAUAUUGAUAAUCAAAAUAAAUCAGCACCUGGUAUGCUUGUAUCAUAUAGAAAACAACAAGCACAACCUACAACAACAGGUCGUGUUCGUCUUCGAGCGUUAUGUCCGUUUUGUAAUAGUGCAACAUUUGUUAUACGUUAUUAUUGUAAACGAGAACGACUUUAUUAUCAUUUACGUUUACAAAAUUGUGGUGAAAAUGAACAAAUUAUAUAUAAAUCAAUAGCUGAUACACAAAAUUCGAUAAGUGUCGAUGAAUUUGGUAUAAAACGUGAUGGAUCUGAAAGUUCAAUUCUUGAAAAUGGUGAUGAUAUAUAUUCCGUAAGUGGUUCUAUAUCAAAUCAAACACCAUCAAUGUAUGCUUACGAUCAAAAUGGUUUACCUACUGCUCGAGAUGCACAAAUUGAAAGUGAACGGAAUUUAUAUGGAUUAAAAGAUUUAGAAGGUGAUUUAUUUAGUGUAUUAAGAAAUGGUUUAUUUUAUGAUACAUUAAUUCAAUGUCAAGAUGAUGUUAAACUUCAAGUACAUCGAUGUGUUCUUGGUGGACGUUCAUCAUGGUUUCGUCAUCUUAUUGCUGAAUAUCAUGAAUCAAAUACCAAUGAUGAUUAUGUUUUACAAAUAAGUAUUGAUGAUAUUCAUUCAGAAGUUAUGAAUGAAAUAUUAAAUUUUAUGUAUACAAAUCGUUGUUUAAUAACAUUACAAAAUGCACCGGAUUUAUUAAUAGUUGCAAAACGUUUUGAAUUAGAAAAAUUAAAAAAACAAAUAGCUGAUUUUCUUCUAUAUCGUUUAACAGUUGAUAAUGCUAUUGAAAUGUUAAUAUGUGCACAUGAAGCAAGUUCGGAAGCACUUAAAUUAGCAUGUAUACGUUUAAUUAAUCGUCAUGCAGAAAAAAUCAAACGUACAGAAAAAUGGAAAACAUUUAAAACACAAUAUAUUGAUCUUGUACCGGAAUUAUAUGAAAAUCGAGUUGAACAUCCAACACCUGUACGAUCAGCAUAUAUACCCGAUGUUUUUAAUGAACCAACAGUAGCAUCGGAAAGUCUUCGUGCAUUAAGUCAAUUAUAUGACAAUCCCGUUCAACAAAGAAUUGUAACACCUGCACGUCGUAUUCUACCUCUAUCAUCAAGAUCUGGACAAUCUGGUCCACCUUCUAUACUUAAAUCAGUUCGAUUAGUACAAUCACCUGAAACAAAUAUGGAUAUACCUGGUGGUCCUUAUCCACAACGUAAUGAUUCAAAUCUUUCAUCAAUUAUAGAUCGAGAAAGUCCAACAAAACAAAGUAGUAUGAAUAGUAAUCGACGACCUAUACCACCAAUUACACGUAAUAUGCAACCAGCUAGUAACCGACAAAAUUCGGAUGUCGAUAAUUAUCGUCGUCCAGUUAAUUUAAAUGAACCAAAUCGUAUUUUUCCAACUAUACAUCAUCGUACCGGUAAUAGAAAUACUCAAGAAAGAAUACCAACACCACCACCUACAAAAACUGGUGUAUCAAAACGUCCACUCAUGAUAAAUAAUAAUCCGAAUGAUCAUAUGACAAUGACACGAGUAGUUAGUAUUGAACCUUUCGAUUAA